AAGAAGCAAUUAAUUCUGGAUUAGUUAACAAAGUUUUUAAAAACAAGGAAGAAACAUUAAUGGAAGCUAUUAAAACAGCAACCAUUAUUGCAUCUAAAUCACCAAUUGCAACUCUUGGGACUAAUCUCGAGUACACUGCAAUAUGGAAUGGUUCAAUGCUCAAUA